ACCUUUCUUCACAGUCCAGGCCGAGUCCGGACUCAUGUAGAACACCGACUCUACUUCCGGUCGAGGAUAGAAGUCGUUGAUAAUUGAGCUGUGUUGCGGUAAACCGGAGCAGCGAGGGAAUGUGAAUUUUGUUCGUCACUGUUGGUGAUACAUUUGUUUUUAGUAGUGUGCCUUUUAUUUUGUUGUGCGCGUCGUGAGGAGGACGAUGAAGAGCCGAGCGGCGAGCCGCUGCUGCCAUGUGGUACCGUGGCUCAACAAGGCCGAGUGGGACCAGGUCGUGGAGCUGCUCUACUGCAGGGAUCCCUCUCUGCAGAAAGUGGCCCUUCAGCGCAUCUCGGCCUGGAAAGGAAGGUUUGGGAAUGCCACCCCUGUGGCUGUGGAAAGCACAGCGGAGCUGGUGAGGUGUCAGGUCCUGGACAGUUCGGGACACCUGGACCCAGAUGACAUGGUGCUGCUGUAUGGGACGGCCCUCGUAAGGUUUGUCAACUUGAUCACGGAACGUCGACAGAAGAGGAUAGCCAUUUCUCUCAGACGGAUAGCAGAUAAGAUGAACAUUCCCGAAUGGAUUGUGAACAUGAGGCAUGAAAUAACUCAUCGCAAUCUCCCCACUUUAAAGUGGUGCCGUCGAGGAUGUAAGUUUGUGCUGGAAUGGCUGCAGCAGGAGUACUGGUCCAGGCAGCUGGGCAGCGAGGUGGAUGAACACUGGGAUUCCCAGUCGGAAAAGGAUGAGGAUGAAGAUGAGGAACGAGGAGAGGAAGAUGAGCUAGCGCGAAGAAAAAGAAAAGUAGACAGUGAGAAGAGAGCCAGAGAAUUAUUGAUUUCUUAUGAAAAUGAACAGUUUCAGGCCUUUGAUAAAUUACACAAGGAGAACAAGAAGCUGUGGAGCGUCCCUUCAACAGAUCUGGCCUGGAUCCUUAUUCAGAUGAAAGACUUUGCAGUGGACUCCAGUGAUACUUUAGUAGAUGUCUUACUUGCGGACGGAUUCAUGGUCCCUACAGUGAAUCAGUUGGAGGCUCUGGACAUAGACCCAACAGAUGGGACUGACCCUACGGACCCCCGUGUGCCCCGCCUCUUCCUGCGUUUUUGGCAGCCGCUCUUCAAAACACUCUCCACUCACACAUUUGUUCAGCUGUUUCUGGAGAAGCUCUUCAGCGAGCUGCAGCUUUCUGGGGAAUUCUCCCAGCACAGGAUGUGCUACAUUGCAGGGUGGAUCUCUGAGAUCAUCUCCUGCUGCAUCCACAAAAACCCAGACCCUAAUGAGUCAAAAGCUCAGAAGAAAGCACGGCUCAGGGAUAAGGUGCUUCCGAAGCCCUUCACGCUGCCAUGGGAGCAGCUGUUGCCCCUCUGCCUGGAUUCCCCAUGCAUGGCUUCACCUCAUCUUCUCCAGCAAAUCCUGGAGAACAUGGAGUUCCCGUUACCUUCGGACACCCAGAGGAAGCUGCUCCAGCUCUGCCGCAUCUACACACAGGGGGGCCUACAUGACUGGACUUGCUCCUCACGCACAGAGAGUCCAGAGCAGCUCAUCUACACAGUGGAGAGUCUGCAGAGGGCAGUCCAGCUGGGUUCCCGUGCCAGCACCACCACCCUCAACCCUGGCAGUUCGUCUCAUUUAGUCCGGACUCCCUUAUUCCCAUCGGACACGCAUGAGGAUUCAGAGAACCUUCAGGAGCAGCUCAGUCAGGAUGUUCUAACUGAGAGAGCACUUGCCCUAAGGGGUUCGCCCUGGCAGGUUUGCACAGAUAAUGUGAAGUGGAAAGAUUAUCCCCUGGGAAAAGUCCCAGGUCAGUCUGAAGAUCCUUCAUACCUGAUGGCAGAGAACUACUCAAUCAUGUCUGUGUUUGAUCAACACAUAGAAGUGGACAGAGCUGCCCUGAGCAAUACGUUUCCAAGUGCGUCGGGGUCAAGUCGCUGCAGCUCCGAUGGACCACUCUGGACACACAGCGACCUCAGCAAGCUCAAAUCUGGCCUGCAGUUGUUCUGAACACGUGCUGCUGUUCUGGGGAAACCCAGCUGGAGAGAGGAUGCCUCCCAUAAUGCACCUGUUUUUUUCGUGUAUGUGUUCAGUACUGUCUGAGAAUGUAAAUCUGGCAGUUUCUUUUAUGUUUUUAUGCUAGUUUUAUUAUUGCUCUAACAUUGUGCAAAAGUGGGAAUAUACAUAACUGUUUUUAGUUUGUCAAAGGCAACAUGAAGCAAUUUCCCAAAUUUUUUGCAUAAGUGUCUUAAUUUACAUGCACAGGUGCUUUGUGAUGUAAAUUGUUGCAAAAUGUCAGGAAAACACUAUCUGUAUGCUUUCAGUGCAGUUACAGCAACUGACAAAAUUGGAGGUAUUUUAGUGAUGUGCAUUUAAUUAAUGCAUCUUACUAGGUUGAGACCUCCUGUAUGCCCAGUUCCUACAGCUGGCUUAAGCCUUUCUAUACUUGACUCAGCUCCUGAAGGUACAGGGGG